ACAUCGAAGUUUUUUUAAAAAAAGUCAAAGACUGUAUCAUAAUAUUAAAACGACGGAUAGUAGUUAUUCUUGCAAUAAGUCAAAAUAUGAAAAACAUUUUAAUAACGAAAAACAUAUAACUGGGCCAUUAAAUAUGGAAAGAAAUAGACGUCAACAGAAUAAAAUAAAUACUACUCGUAAUGAAUGCUGGGACUGCGAAUGUUCAAAUUGUAAAAAUAAUAAUCAUUCAAACGAUGAUGUUAAUGGUCGUAAAAGUCGAGUGACGAUUUUUGGUCAACUUGGAUUAACACAAGACGACCGCUAUGUCUUAAACUGUGCUGCUACGCUGAACGACAAACCUAUACAGACGAAUUAUAUGGACAAUAAUAUGAGUUUUUAUCAGAGAGAAACUAGCCGAGACACAGAGACAAAGGCAACGCAGGCAACACAAGUAAAUUUUAACUUUUCAAAGCAAAAACCGGUAAAAGGUUACAAAAAUAAAACAGUGCAAUGUUGUUGCAAUGAUACAAAUAGCGCAAACAUGGUAGCAUAUGUUUCUGAUACUGAAUCUGAAGACAUUAAACUAAAACAAUGCAAAAGUCCAAUAGUCGUGAUAUCAGUUUAUCCAAGGCAGGACUCAAAAGACAAUAUCAAAAAUAAUCCCGUCAAAAUUAUUCGUCACCAAAAUUCACCCCAGAAUAAAAUAUUUAGUAAAACACACCAAGUGAACAAUAUCCAAGUGAAGAGCGAAAGGAAGCCCAGAACAGAAACUAGAAAUAACAGUUUUAUUGAACGUAGUAUUAACAAAAGUAGAUCCCCUUCUCCCGUUUCUAAAACGGUCACCAACACAGGGAAAUAUAAAAAUACGGAUUCAAAUACAAGAACGAAUAAUAGACCAAAACGAGUAAGCCCUCUUCGUCAAACAAGUCCUGAUAAAUCAGCAAAUAAAACGAAGGACAUCAAACAGAAUAUUUAUAAUACUUUUAAAUCUAUAAAGGAAACAGAUAUUCGGAAAGAACAACAUGAUAUUAGAAAUUCAAAUAAAGAACAGGUUAAAAAGGCGUUAGUGAACACCUUCCUUAAAAAUAAUAAGUUGUUCGAUCCUAAAGAAGAUACUUCAAAAAUAACCAUAGAUAUUAAUGGUGAUAAAGAACAGUAUAAUGUUUUAUUCGAACAGCGUAAUUUUGAUACUGGGUUGACAGUGCGAAAAACAGUAAAAGCACAAUCUUACAAAAAAAGUAAUCAAAAGUAUGAUCCAAAAUCAAAGAAAAAGGUAUUAUUAUUAUCAGAGAAUGAUGAUAAAGAAUCUUGUAAGAACAGGCUUUAUACUCCGCAAUGUCGCAACAUUCCUAAAUUGUUGGCGUCUGACUCAGGAUUAAAAGUGAAAGAUAGUCUUGAAAUUUGUCACAGACGAGAAGGACGAAAUAGCUCAAGAUUAGAUCUCAGUCCAAGACCAACGAAUUUGAUCAAUUCCCCGAGCAAACAUUUCCGAGGUGACAACUGUUCCUUAAUAAAUCCAGAUGAAAGGGAUAGAGAAAUUAGAAAAUUACUUGGUGUGCUAAGGGAUUAUCGAUACAAAGAUCGCGAGGAGCCCAAGAUUUGUCCCAAAAAUGAAAAUGGAGAUUGCUGUAUUCGUAAACAACGGGUUAAAGAAAUACUUCCUUUAACUCAAAUCAUGACAAUAAAAAUUAAAAAAGAAAUACAAAAAGAUUUAAACUUUGACACUGAAAAAGUAAAAGAUAAAAUAUUUUAUGCUCAAACAAAAAUUGAAGACAACAAUGACUCAUUACAUAAAAAACUGGAAGCAAGAUGGAAUACAUUUAAUAAUAUGAUGGCAAGUGAUGUGCCUUUAAAAAAUCACAAUUCUAUUCUUUCAUACAUUGAAAACGAAAAACAAAUUUUGAAUCGAGACAUUGACGUUUUAUUGCAUAAGCAACAAAAUAAUUAUAAAAGAUCAAUAACAUUAACAAAACAACAAUAUGAAAAAGUAAAGAGAAUUUUAAAACGGACUGUAUCGUCUAAAUUGAGUUCAGAAAAAAUAAAACGAUAUAGUAUUAAACAUUGCAAUGUUGUCUCCGUAGGAAAUAUUAAAGUUAGACGUAAAAUAAAGCGACAGUUACAUUGCCAUUGUGAAGUCCAGACAGACAUGAUAUUUAAGUGCGUCGGAAGUCAAUAUGACCCGCAAUGUCAAAAUAAACCGAUCUUUAAAAAGAGUGAUACAAAAAUGAAUGAUAAUGUUUUAACCCCAUCGAAAAAAGAUAUAACAGAAAAGAAAUGUGCAUCUCGACAUGUCAUGUCCUCUAUGGAGAUUCGUUACGCAAGUGUUGGCUAUAUGAAACAUGUAUCAAUGUCAUCAAUGCAAUUUGGAAAAAACACGGCUAAACCAUUUCACGAGAGAAAUGUGGAGAAAGAAGAUAAAACUCUUCACACAAUAUUCAAAGGGCCGCGAAAAUGCGUUACACCUAAUCUUGGCACCUCGGAAUUUUCAUUAAAUUCAAAGGAAGUUAGCAGGAACGGUUCUAACUAUUCCAUUAAGCCACCUCCGUACUCAGGUGAUUGUAAAAUGAAGAAGCCAUUUCUACAGAGGUUGUUGUCCUGUUUAGUGAUGCGAUCACGUGAAUCAUCUGAUUUAAAGGAUAUCAAGAACAGACGUAAAUUACCAGUCCAAAACAGUUCAUUAGAUUCCUAUUUCAUAAGCACAUCUUUAGGUGCGUUAGAAAUGUCAUCAACGCUUUAUGAUACAUCAGCAUCGUUCUACAGCAACCAUUCUAUUAUUCCAAUGAAUAAAACAAAAAAGGGGUUCUUUAACUCAGUGAGAGGAUUUCUGACAAAAAAUCAAAGAAGCUAAGAGUUAUUUUAUAACAAUAAUUGGUGUUAAUUUUGUA